UCCAGUCUCGUGCAGCCCUUUUCGUAUACAGUGAAUGGUGCAGCCAGUUGUAAUGUCUAAAUUCAAAACAGUAACAUGGCCCAAAGUGAUUUUAUUCGGGGACUCCAUCACACAGUUUUCAUUUCAAGCCAAUGGUUGGGGUGCAGAAAUUGCCAACAAACUAGCACGUGGAAAGUGUGAUGUUGUAAACAGAGGACUGUCUGGCUACAACUCCAGAUGGGCUAAACUACUUCUUCCUCGCCUCAUCAACAUCACAAACGCAGCAGACAACAACAUAGCUGCUGUCACUGUCUUCUUUGGAGCCAACGACUGUGCACUGGAAGAUAAAAACCCACAACAGCACGUCCCUCUGAAGGAGUAUUCAGAGAACCUGAGGGACAUCUCCAGGCUUCUGGCCUCGGCUGGAGUGCCGGCAGACCGAGUUAUAUUCAUCACCCCUCCACCUGUUGAUGAGCCAGCCUGGGAGAAGGAGUGUAUUCUAAAAGCAUGUCCACUCAACCGCUACAACUCUGCAGCGGGGCAGUAUGCACAGGCGUGUGUCCAGGUUGCCAGUCAGUGUGGCGCAGUCGCCCUGGACCUUUGGACACUCAUGCAGAAAGAUGGACAGGACUACACCGUGUAUCUGUCCGAUGGGCUGCAUCUCUCACAGAAGGGAAACCAGUUCAUUGCUCAGCACCUGUGGGGGCUGCUGGAGAGCCGUGUGGCUGACCUGCCCUUCAUCUUGCCUUACUGGGGAGACGUGGAUGCAAAGAGCCCCGAGAGCAGUCUGCUCUGUGACCAGUGAAGAAGACGACGAUGCCACCUUUUCAAAUCCUACAGGGCUGGAUAUUUUGUUAAUAAAACACUCACCAGCACACUGGACUGCAUCUCUACUACAAUAAAUGAAGCCGCUGUGAUUUGUUUUGUACCAGUAUGUCAAAUGUGAGACCAUGUAUUCAGGUUUAAAAUGCACAAUAAAGAUUUUUAUUUUGAGAUGUGUAGGAAAUCCAAAAA